AUAUGUGAGCAUGAAUGAAUCUUUGAUACAAAAAUAAAAUUAUUCUCUUAGUUCCGUGAAAAUAAAGUAACAAAACUUUUGCCAUACUAACCAAGUCCCUUUAAUGUCGACAGAUUCAAUAUUCACCCUAUCAAUCAAUCUCAGAAUAGCUACUCCCAGAAUAAGCAAACAAUUUACAAUAAGACAUCGAUAGUAAUACAAUUAUAUCUAUUAAAUACAAACUAAACAAAUAACAGUGAGAUCUGCAACUUUAACAGAAAAGAAAGAAGUAGGAUUCUCUCCUCUGCUAUUCACAUCUCUUUUUCUCUCCUCCUCUCACAUAUUGUUUUUCGUCUUAUUGUCUUUAUAAAAAAAAAAAAUUAAUAUAAGAUGUUGACGUAUUAAACCGUAACUGUUCAAAUAAAAGAGGAUUGAAGGGGAGAUAAAUUAGGAAGGAAGAGAAUCCUCCUUCCAAAGAUAAAAAACAUAUUGACAAAAUAAACAUCCUGGAUCCGGUGUAGCAGUGUUUAACGGUGAAGCAGAUCCGACCGUCCAAUUAACCUCGUGCAAAAACAACAAACAUCAUCGUCUGCCGUUAGAUUCCACAAACAGAAGCUGAAUCCUCCGCCGUGAACGGGUAUUUUCUUUCUACAGAUUAGAUUAGGGUUUGUCAAAUUCGAAAUCGAAUUUCGGCCGGACUCAUAAUCUCCGGUCAGUUUCCGAUGCUGGCGAAAGGAAGAAAAGCUUCAGGGCGAGGAGAGGCCGUGGCGGCGAACUACGCGUUCGGGCCGCUCGAAGAUGAUUUCAUCAUCAAACAGAGACUUCUCACUCGGACCACAACCACGAGAGGCGAACCGCCGUUGAAGAAGCUCCAGAAGAAGUUCACGUCCCUGUUCGUCGAGCUCGACAAGAACGAAGACAACUUCGCCAACCGCGACAAGCUCGCCAAAGCUUUCCUCCAGGAGCUCAACACGUUCGAGAUUCCGCUCCUUAAGAGCAAGGCGGUCGUGGAUGCGAAUCUCCGGGAGAAGCACAACUUCGACGAGCUGAGGGAGGAGAUUAACCGGCAGAUUGUGCUGGCGAAGGCCGACAUUGAGACGCUCAAGGAGCAGCUCGAGGAGAGUAAGGUCGAAAGAAGGCACAAGGAGGAGUGUGAGGUGAUCAGGAAAUUGAUUGCUACGCACCCGCCGCGGUCUGAGACGCUGAAGAUCAUAUCAGAGUUGGAGAAAGAGAUUGCGGCAUUGGAUGCGGAGAACACCGCAAGUUCGCGGACGCUGGAGCUGAGGAAGAAGCAGUUUGCUCUGCUCCUGCACGUGGUAUGUGAGCUAUAUUGAAUUCCCGAUAUGUUGUGUGCAUUAAGCAGUAGAAUUAGAACGCUUUAAGAAAGUGGUGUGAUUUCCGGGGCAUGAAUUUCAAUUUGGAAAGCUUUCCAUUAUUUGUAGUGCGACAUUCACAUUGUUAGGCAGAUGUCAAGGAUCGCAAGGUAAGUGAAUUUCACCAUUCUAUCACUAA